AUGAAUUCACUCCACUCAUCCUGUUGGAACACCUCUGCUGAACUUUUGAACAAGUCCUGGAAUAAAGAGUUUGCUUAUCAAGCCCUCAGCGUUGUGGAUACAGUCAUCCUCCCUUCCAUGAUUGGGAUUAUCUGUUCCACGGGGCUGGUUGGCAACAUCCUCAUUGUAUUCACUAUAAUAAGGUCCAGGAAAAAAACAAUUCCUGACAUUUAUAUUUGCAACCUGGCUGUGGCUGAUCUGGUCCACAUCAUUGGAAUGCCUUUUCUUAUUCACCAGUGGGCCCGAGGAGGAGAAUGGGUGUUUGGGGGGCCUCUCUGCACAAUCAUCACAUCACUGGACACCUGCAACCAGUUUGCCUGCAGUGCCAUCAUGACUGUAAUGAGUGUGGACAGGUACUUGGCUCUCGUCCAACCAUUUCGACUGACAAGUUGGAGAACGAGGUGCAAGACCAUCCGCAUCAAUUUGGGCCUUUGGGCAGCUUCCUUUAUUCUGGCGUUGCCUGUCUGGGUCUACUCAAAGGUCAUCAAAUUUAAAGACGGCGUCGAGAGUUGUGCUUUUGAUUUAACAUCCCCUGACGAUGUACUCUGGUAUACACUUUAUUUGACGAUAACAACUUUUUUUUUCCCUUUGCCCUUGAUUUUGGUGUGCUACAUUUUAAUUUUAUGCUAUACUUGGGAGAUGUAUCAGCAGAAUAAGGAUGCCAGAUGUUACAAUCCCAGUGUUCCAAGGCAGAGAGUGAUGAAGCUGACAAAGAUGGUGCUGGUGCUGGUAGCAGUCUUUAUCUUGAGUGCUGCCCCCUAUCACGUGAUCCAGCUGGUGAACUUGCAGAUGGAGCAGCCCACACUGGCUUUCUAUGUGGGCUAUUACCUCUCCAUCUGUCUCAGCUAUGCCAGCAGCAGCAUUAACCCUUUUCUCUACAUCCUUCUGAGUGGAAAUUUCCGGAAACGCCUGCCUCAAGUGCAGAAAAGAGUGACUGAGAAGGAAAUCAACAACAUGGAGAACACCUUGAAAUCAAGCUUCUAGGAGAGUACAUGGAUCAUCAAAAGUCUAGACAGGCUUGCCUAUGUUAUUGGCAUUACUAGAAAGGACAGGUGAAGUGAUGUACUUGUGCCCAUUCUUUGUACUUGUGAUCCAUAGUAGCAUGGAACAGAAGUAUAACCAUUGACAUGCAACGAGUUUAAUAUGUUAACUUUAGUAAAAUGCAAAAUACUUAUCUAUACUGAGAUGGAGUGGGAUAGUCUAAGACACUCAAACUCCGUGCUUGUGGAUGUCAUUUCAGCAUGUUAUAGACUAGUCACUGAUAAAAAUGGCCAUCCAUGAUCAUCAACUGAAAAGUCACCAAGGAAUCUGAUUUUGCAGUCUCCACUGAGGCCUCAUGCCCUUGAGGUUCCCAAGAGGGGACCACUUCACAACGAGAUCUGAAAUUUGGCCGUUUUUUAUCUUCAAAAAUGUCAAUUUCACAGGGUCCAAUCUAAUGCCUUCAAUAAUCAGCUCCCUCCAUUAGCAUAAUAGUUACCAUGUAUUGAACACGUGCAACAUGGAAGAUUACAUGUAACAAGCUGCGAGGUAACUAUUACCUCGGUUUACUAAGGCUCAGAAAGGUUAAGCGCUGGCCUAAUACUGCACAGCUACAUAAGAGCUGGGUUGAAAUCCAGGUCUGUCUGUUUCUGUUAUUUUACUGCAAUGCCUUGGCAACCUGUACCUAUCAUACUGGAGAGAGCCAAUAAUUUGGAGAUUUUUUUUUUUUGGUUUCUCCUACAGCCCCACAAGGAAAGAACUAAAGUCUGGAAGAAUUGAGUUGAUGGUUUAAGCAUAUUCUUUUAUAUUUAGCUUUGUUCUCAUGCCUAUGAAUUGUGGAAACCAGCAUCCACAUUUUAACGAUAGUAUUCUACAGGAUGUUAAACACACACUUAGACACAUUCUGUUUAGGUUACAGUAUAUGUUUGUUCAAAGGUACAAAAAGGAAUUUGCCCUAAAAUUCAUAGUUGUUCAUUAUAUCUAUCUUCUCCUCUUUUGACUUGUAUAAAUCACGCACUUCAAUAUAGUAAAGAGAGAAAAAAAUUUUAAAGCCUGUAUUCUCAAAAAAGGUAAAUAUUCUUAUUUUGUUUGUGAGUAAAAUCUGUAAACCCACCUCCUUUAUCGAAAUACAUAACACUACUUACUCCAUGGACGUCUGAAACUGAUUUUUAAUCAUCCCUUUAUAUAAAAGAGUCAUGGAGACCACUUUUUUAACAACUUGAUCUCCGUUUUUAUAUCUCAAUUGUCAAGACACGUGACUUUUCACCUGAUGUAUUUGGUUCUAGAUCUUUAAAGAGACCAUUUUGGAAGAAGCUGAUAUCUAAUGCAGAUCUGGAUGAGAGGUCAUGUAAACAAUGUGAGAACUACAAACUGAGACAGGUCACAUCUGAGAUAUUUUAGUUCUGUAACUGAGCUCUGGACAGCUACACACAGAGACUGGAUGCUUCUUUAUCAUUUUGAUCAAAAGCUGGGUCGUGGCUACAGUUUCCCAGGUCUUCAUUCUCAUUUCUCCAAGGUGCAACAGUCAGGGUUCAAUGAGGAACCCUGACGUCUGAGGACCCGACACAAUGGGUCAUAAACAGAUGUUAUCAUUUGAUAAUUUAAGAGCAAUGGAAGAAUUUACCUCCAUUGUCUUUUUUAAUAGAGAAAAUAUUAUGAUUUUAAAGAUUUAAAUGGUUUUAAGCCAACAGACUUUUUCUAAUAGCAUUUCCAAUAGGCCUCAAAUAUUUCCAAUAUAUAAAUUGGUCAGUGAAUUAUUUUAAUUUAUAUUUAUUAAGAGUUGUAAAGACCUUUAGCAUCUAAUCAAAAUACAAAAUAAAAAGGGUGACUAUUAAAUUCAUUUUUUGUGCCUUUGUAUAGCUUUUCUAUGCAUAAGCAUAUAUAUAUGCAGAUUCGCAGAGGUGGUUUGACGGAGAUUCUCCUUGUGUUUUGUCUUUUUGCCCAUGAUCUGAUACACGUUUACUUGCAAGAGAAGUUAAUGAUCAGUUUCACAUAUCUAAUUGAUACUUGAGUAUUAGUGAUUAUGUAAAAUCAUAAAUUCAUCAUAAUCCUGUCUCUCUCCUCUAUGCUUAUUCAAUUUUAGGUGCCUCAUUUAAAUUUUGAUUGAUUGAUAUAAAUCAAUGAAUAAAAAUUGGUUGUAUAUUCAUUUA